ACUUCAUAACACGCGGUGUUGUUUUGGUUCGACUCGGCACGUUGCUCGCGUUUCUCCGCUUAUUUCUCCAAUAGUUAACUAUUUAAACCAGUAAUUUUGAUUGUUUUAAAUAGUGCAAAGCAGUGAAAACCUAUUUCAGCAAUGGGAAAAUCCAAAGCACAUCGGAUAAAGGGCCUGACCGGGCCGAAAAUGAACCUCGGCGACCAGAUCACCGAGGGCCGAGUCUCAAAAAAACCGAAGGCGCCCAAAAUUCGGCUACGAGCCGAAGAGGAGGAAUUUGUCGAUUCCCGGACGACCAAAAAAAUUCUGCAACAGGCCCGCAAACAGCAAGCCGAACUAAACCUGCUGGAUGAUUCGUUUGGACCUUCGUUGGCCGAGUCGGCUGCGGCGGCAGCCAGUGGAAAGAGACGACACCGGCUAGGGGAUCCGGCCUCGUCCGGCGAAUCGGAAGAUGAGGACUACCGCGAAGAGGCCGAUGUCGACGGGCAGGAUUUCUUCGACGAUAUCAAAAUGAACGAGGAGGAUGAACGGGCGUUGGAAAUGUUUCAGAACAAAGAUGGAGUCAAAACCCGCACAUUGGCCGAUUUAAUCAUGGACAAGAUCACAGAGAAGCAAACCGAAAUUCAAACGCAAUUUUCAGACACCGGCUCACUGAAGCUGGAAGAAAUCGAUCCCCGGGUGCGGGAGAUGUAUGAAGGAGUACGGGAUGUGCUGAAACGAUACCGUAGCGGACGCUUCCCGAAGGCGUUUAAAAUUGUGCCAAAGCUAAGAAAUUGGGAACAGAUUCUGUACAUUACGGAGCCACACAACUGGAGCGCUGCAGCGAUGUUCCAGGCAACGAGGAUUUUCUCGUCCGGAUUGACACAGUACAUGGCCCAGCGGUUCUACAAUCUGGUCCUCUUGCCACGUAUCCGAGACGAUCUGGCCGAAUAUCACAAAUUGAACUUCUACCUAUAUCGGGCGCUUAAGAAGGCCCUCUUUAAGCCGGCUGCCUUCAUGAAGGGUAUCGUUCUUCCCCUGCUGGAAUCAGGUGACUGCACACUGCGCGAGGCCAUUAUUUUUGGAAGCAUCAUUAGUUCGACUACCAUCCCGGUGCUGCACACAUCUGCCUGUCUGUUGAAAAUCUGCGAAAUGGAAUACUCCGGAGCAAACUCAAUCUUCAUCAGGAUUAUCUUGGAUAAACGGUACGCGUUGCCGUACCGUGUGGUGGACGCCGCCGUUUUCCACUUCUUAAAGUUCGAGCAGGAUAAGCGAGAACUUCCAACGCUGUGGCACAAUGCACUGCUCACGUUCGCCCAACGCUACAAGAACGACAUUUCUUCCGAACAGCGUGAUGCGCUGCUACAGCUGUUAAAGAAAAAGUCCCACUACAAAAUCACACCGGAGAUUCGCCGAGAGCUGAUGGCGGCCCGCUGUCGAGACGUGGAAAUGGGCGACAGCUUGGCCCACGAGGCCGACAUGGAGUACAAGGAGGACAUGGACUUUACCCCGAUGGAGGCCGACGAGGGAGCCAGUAGUAGUAGUGCCAGGACAGGUGGCAAACCGUCGGGCGCAGCCGACGAAGAUAUGGAAAGCGGCGACGAGGACGAUGAAGAUGAUGAUGAUGAUGAUAGCGAAGAAGAUGAGCUAUAGAAUUUAGGAUAUUGUUUCGAAUGGAUACACGUGGGCGAUAAGUGUUACAGUUUAUUUUUUUUUACAGUAGGUUUCUUUAUUGCUACAUACUGUAUUUAUGCAAAUACAUCUGAGCUCUAUGGAUAUAAAAUCUA